CGUAUACCUGGUUACCUGCGAUUGGUGAUGCGGUUAAUGGUUACUUGGAUGAACCUGUCGCAGUACAUAGCUGUUAACAUAAGUAUAAUCAUCAUUUCGACGCUUUGUUUCUGUUGAAAUGAUAGCUAACAACCUACGCAAAGAUUAGCUACUGAUUCUGAGUGGACAAUUUGUUAAAUGUCUCGCUAUCGCAUCCCUAACGCCGACAAGACGGCGUACCUACACGUACAUAUUAUAGUAUCUCUGCUGUCCUAUAUGCUGCUGAAAUACGAAUGUACUUAUAUCAGUAAAACAUUAUUGCUGCAUCCGCGAAUUAGUUGACUGUUUUCUUUGUUUCAAUUCUUGACUACGAUUGGUUGAAAAUUGUUCUCAAUAACAGGAAUCCAGGGCCGUUUUUUUUAACCUGUUGUUUAUUGGCGUCGUUGAGCUUUUGCAGGCGAUUCGAAUUCGCCCACGGUUACGUUAUCCAUUUCAGUGAUGUGGAGAAUAAUCUGCGCGAAAAAACCGAUUCACAUAACACAUGUGAUUCUGCGGAUUGCAAGACUGCUGAUUUUAUUUUAAACAAUAUGAAUCUAUCUGUUGAUCCUUGCGUUGAUUUUUACGAAUACGCUUGCGGAGGUUGGAUUAAAAACAAUCCUGUUUCGUCGUCUCAAUCGCAUGUCAAUCAGUUUCAACUAGCUGAAGACAAAUUGUACGCGAAUAUUAAAGCAAUCUUGGAAAAGGACAACCCGAAUGAUUUGCUUCCAGUGCGGGCUGCCAGCUUGUUUUAUAAAGCUUGCACAAAUGCAGAUCGAAUUGAAGUAGAAUCUAAAAGUCAGUUGAUAAAGUUACUGGAAUCUUAUGGCAACUGGCCGAUGACAAUCCAAAAUUGGAAUGCAAAAAAAUUCGAUUGGCUUCAGAUGAGCACGGAUGCGAUUAAGCGAUUCUCUGUCAUGUCUUUGAUGUACAUUUAUGUAGGACGUGAUCGAUUAAAUUCCAACCAGAGUGUGAUAUUGAUCGACCAGCCAACUCUUGUUUUGCCGCGACCAAUGCUAACCGAGCCGCAAACUUAUAAAGUUCAUUUGGAAGCUUAUAAACAAUGGAUUGCGGCGACAGCGGUAACCAUAUCCAAAUAUCAAAAUCAAAAUAUAUCAAUAAGUUCUAUUGAAAAAGAAGCUAACGAUGUCUUGCAGUUUGAAAUCAAUAUAGCCAAAUUAACAAGCUCGAAUAUAAUGAGAAAAAAUGCGUUUAGAAUGUAUAACAACAUGACUUUACGUAAUCUUCAAGAAUGGACCGAUCUAGCUAAUUCUGCAAUCACGUGUCGUAUCGACUGGUUGGCGAUAAUGCGAAAUUUAUUUUCAGGAACACCAUUUGCUAUGGAUUAUAACGAACGGGUGGUUGUAAAAGAAUUGGACUUCUUUUUUAAUUUUGCGAAUUUGCUUUGUAAUACGCCAGCAAGAGUAUUGGCUAAUUACAUGCAUUGGCGUUUGGUGAGAACGUUUAGUCAAGAUUCAACCGACGAAAUAAGAAUAUUGGCUUCACAAUUUGAUCAAGUUUUCUCAGGCAUAAUGCAAAGUGAACCCAGAUGGAAGGAUUGUUUGGCAACAGUCGCCAAUACUUUAAAUUUCGCCGUUGGGUAUGCGUAUGUGAAAGAAUAUUUCGAUGAAGAAACUAAAAUAGUGGCUAAAGAAAUGGUCGAUAAUAUACUUGAAGAGUUCUCUCACCAACUUCAGAAUGCGAAAUGGAUGGAUGAGCCAACUAAACUAUCAGCACUGCUAAAAGUUAAAAAUAUGGUAUUAUUCGUUGGUUAUCCCGAUUGGUAUAAAAAUUCUUCGGCUUUGUAUGCCUUUUACGACGGACUUUCUGUUGGUCCAAAUCAUAUUGAAAAUAUCGAACAAGUGCGCACCUUUCUCUAUAAGCAAGCGUUACGGAAACUGAGACAAAAAACCGAUAGGCACGAAUGGGUAGCAGGGCCUGCAAUUGUUAAUGCUUUCAACGACGGAAAUACAAAUUCUAUUAUACUACCAGCUGGUAUUUUACAACCUCCAUUUUUCGAUACUAAACGAAUUAUGUCAAUGAACUAUGGAAGUAUUGGAGCGGUGAUUGGACACGAAAUUUUGCAUAGCUUUGACGAUACUGGCAGAUUAACCGAUAAAUACGGAAAUUUAGCUCAAUGGUGGUCAGAGGAUGUGAUUGUUACCUACGAAAAUAAAACGCAAUGCUUCAUCGAUCAGUAUAGUAAAUUUGUAGUUCCUAUAGCUGCCAGUUUUAACCAAACAACCAUAUAUUCGGUAAAUGGAAUGUUCACUCAAGGUGAGAAUAUAGCCGAUAACAGCGGCUUACGGCAAGCUUUUUUUGCGUAUAAGAAACACGCUCGAGAAAAUGGCGAAGAGAAACCAAUACAACGUAUCGAACAAUUUACACCCGAACAGCUUUUUUUCAUAUCUUAUGCUAUGGCAUGGUGUGAAUCCAACACGAAAGAAUCUCUGAUGCAAGAAAUAUUAAACGAUCCGCACAGUCCGCAUAAAAUUCGUGUCACUGGAACUUUAUCCAAUUCACCAGAAUUCGCUGCUACUUUCAAAUGUUCCCCUAAUUCGCCCAUGAAUCCGCAACAAAAAUGCAUUAUAUGGUGAUCAAUUUGAAAAAAAAAGUGGUAUUCAGAUAUAUACCGACGUAUACCUAAUUCUUUUUUCAAUGUUCUGAUGUAAAAAUUAUUUGAGUCUAUUAACAUUACUUUGAACGAUGUUUUGUAUAAAUAAAUUCCAGAAAUAAAUUAAUAUUCAGUUUA